AUGGGCACUGCAAGGGGCAGAGAGGUGUGCACCAGAGCAAACAUCAGUGCAACAAUGCUAUUUCACUUAAUUUGCCAGCCCAGAUGAUCUCCUGUACCGGAAUAUCGAGAAGUUGUGGCAACUUCAUGUUGUACCUUUUCGAAAUGAGAAAACGGUCGUCCGCUCUCGUGAGUACCAAGAUUCAUUGAACCUUCUGGAAAGGAAAACACGGUGCCUGGAAGUUGAAGGAGUUCACCACUAUGCAUGGUCAGCCUCCUGAGGAAAAUAGGAGCACCAAAGCUAAACAGCUCCACCCAUUCAGUCAUGACUCAUCUAAGGGCAACAGAGAAGUGACUCGACUUAUCGAGCUUCCUGUACUUCAGAGACUCUUGAAGAAUCCCUGGUUUUGUAACUUUUACACGAGGAAAUGUGGGCGCGGCUGUUCAGAAUUCUUCAAGCUAGAACUAUUUAUGCGGCUUUCGGCUUUUAUUUUGAAGGGGGCGUUUUAUUUUGACGACAGUUUACGCAGUUCCAUUUCUUUUCUUUACAUUCUUCACUCUAGAUGUUUACAGGGGUACAGCAGUCACCGGCGCUGUAAGUUGUGGUAAUAGUGACCUCACCUUUGCACUUUUUAAAAUGUCGCGAUUGUAUGUCUGUUAAGUCUUUAGUUUACUUUCAGUUCAUAUAUGCACGAUUCAGGGUUAAAGUAGCACUUAUAAAAUACUGGAUGACUGAUGCUGUUAAACGUAUUUUUAUUCACUGUAUUUUAGUUUAAUAUGUUUUACAUACUGUGUUUUUCGGGGGUAAUGUAUUUAACUUACAGCAGUAUGCAAAGAUGACCCAGUCCUUUAUUUCUUGUUAUAUAUUUUGAGAAACUGCUCUGUACACCAAAACGCAUCGCUGUGCGCACAGGAGUGCGCAGGAAGAGAAAUAUGAUUGCGGCUGUUCUCCUGUUGUGUGCUGUCAGCGCACUCGGCUCUGAUGGUGCGGAGCCCCAGAAUUGUGUACCCAGUUAUGAGGUGGCGUGUUUACUGCCAGCUGAUUAUCUGAAUGAGUCUGAUCCUGUCACGAUGGACCUGUUUAUGGGUAAGAAACUGGUCAUCUCCCUGAAGGGCCUCCCUGGAUCUUUUACCUGCCACUGGAACAGAACAGAUCAUUCAGAAAUGACAAUAAACGGGAGUCACGCCAUGGUUAUAUCAGCACUGUCUGAGAAAGAUUCAGGGACGUACACGCUGACUUGUCAAACAAACUCCACUCAGUCAUCAGUAACUGUGAAUCUCAAUGUAUUGAGACCUCCAACAAGACCACGGCUGAUGCUGGACCGUGUAAAUAAACGAAUAAAAUCCGCCCUAUUUAAAUGCACCUCUGAGGGCUUCCCAAGGCCUGAAAUACAGUGGUCUGAAGAGAAGAAAGGGACAUAUGUUACUGUAGGGAAUGAAGGUGCAGAGAGAAGCGUAUCAGUUUCAAACUAUCCUAAGUCUGAAGUGAUGUGUUGUGCUACUAACACUGAAGGACAAGAAUGCUCUCAACUCUACGACUAUGACUUUCAGACUGCGAGUGGUUCACAAGCUGAGGUUUCUAACUUGACCCUGAGCCCUGGUCAGACUUUACUUCUUCGCUGUCAAAAAGGAGGUUAUACUUGGCCAUACCCAGUGUGGGAGAAGGAUGGCGAAAGGCUGGAGGCUAGAACUGUAGGAUGUGACUUAAAGAAAGAGAUGUGCAUUAAAAAUUACCGACAUGCUGGGAGACUGUUUGCCUACCUUCUCAUGACAUCACUUAAUUUUAACAACAGUGGUACAUACACCUGCCGGAAUACAGACGGAAAAACUAAAUCUUUUAACAUACAUGUCCAGGCUGAAGGUUUCCUCUCUGCCCAACUGAAUGAGACCAAGAUUUUAUCAGCCGAGGACAUGUCCAGCUUCAGCUUGCAAGCCACCGUCUCCUACUAUCCUCUGCUGACGCACUGUUUCUGGGAGGCCCCUAAUAAAACUGUAACAAAAUGCACGAGGGAUACAUGGGUGACAAAGCACAGGAAUGUGAUGCUACAUCAGCCACUCGAGACGGGAGAAUAUAAGUUACACCUGGAGGCUGGAGGACACAAAGAAACAAAGACAAUAUCAGUGUGUGUUGUAGACACACCAAAGUUCACCUUCACUGAAGAUGAUGAUGAGGUCAUGGUUCAUACGUCAAGUCUUGUGCCAGCCAAUUACUCUUGGCUAUCUUGCUCUUCAAUGAAUGACAGUUGUGAAAUAAUUCACAAUGAAACCGAUUCUGACGUCCUUUGUGACAAGAUGAUCAAGAGAAAUAUGAGCAAAUACUGGGAGGGCAGUACAGUGUAUCUGAAGUUUUGCCUGACAAACUCCAUCAACUCCUGGUGCGACAAAUAUCAUUUAAUUUGGCCAAAGACCUCCAAAGUAUUGCAGCCUAAAGAUCAUCCACAAGACGAUGGCACCUUGCUGGUGCUGAAAGUAGGCAGUUUGUCUCUGCUUCUGGCUUUGGUGGUGGUCAGCGUGGUGCUCGUGUUUGUCAUCAAAAAGAAGAAGCCCCAGUAUCAGCCUCAGCUUCAGAUGAUCCAGAUGGUUGGACCCAACGACAACGAUUACAUUUACAUCAACUUCAAGGACUUUCUGUACGACCAGAAAUGGGAGUUUCCCAGGGAGAAUCUGGAACUGGGUAAAGAACUGGGAUCCGGCGCUUUUGGGAUGGUGGUCCAAGCUACAGCUUAUGGCAUCAACAAGCCUGGAGUGUCGCAGCAGGUGGCCGUCAAGAUGCUUAAAGAAAAACACCACUCUGUGGAGAAGGAGGCUCUCAUGUCCGAGCUGAAGAUGCUCACUCACAUCGGCCACCACGACAACAUUGUUAACCUGCUCGGCGCGUGCACAGACUCAGGACCCAUUUACCUGAUCUUCCAGUACUGCUGUUAUGGAGAUUUGCUGAACUACCUGAAAAUCAACAGCGACCGCUACCACAAAUCUGUGACCGAUGCGUUUAACAAGGACCGUUUCACCAGUCUUUACCACAACCUUAGGCUGGGGAAAAACCAGAGUGAGCUAGAGCCAAGAAUGGAAACGUACGUGCCCAUGUUCAGCUCUACCAGCAGGGGGCAGGAAGACAUCGCCCUUCUCACCUUUAACUCCAAUGACAUGGACAGUUUUGAAGACCCAGUGAUGUUCGAAAAUCCAGAUGACGACAGGGAUGACCUGGAGGCGCUGACCUUUGAGGAUCUGCUGAGCUUUGCCUUUCAAGUGGCUAAAGGAAUGGAGUUCCUGUCUUCCAAGCACUGUAUCCAUCGCGACCUGGCAGCUCGAAACGUGUUAGUGACAAAGGGCCGGCUGGUGAAGAUCGGUGACUUUGGGCUGGCUCGGGACAUCGACAACGACUCCAACUACGUUGUGAGAGGAAACGUGCGUUUGCCGGUGAAGUGGAUGGCACCAGAGAGCAUCUUUCAGGGCUUGUACACCAUGAAGAGUGACGUCUGGGCUUACGGCAUCCUGCUCUGGGAGAUCUUUUCACUCGGCGUCACUCCGUAUCCUGGCAUGAAGGUGGAUCACAAGUUCUACUCGAUGAUUGAGAGAGGAUUUAUGAUGGACUGUCCGUACUAUGCCGACAAGUUAGUCUAUGAAAUGAUGUGUAAGUGUUGGGCCUUGGAACCCAGCAACCGCCCGUCUUUCUCCAAGCUGGUGUCCUUCAUGUAUGACCUGCUCACAGACAGAGAGGAUAUGCUCUACUAUAACAUGCUCAACCAGGAUUCCAGCGAGUACCAAAAUGCAUCUGCAAUUUUGGACAUUUCAAGCUUGACGAAGCACGACGACGACGACAAGACACAGGCGGGCAACGACUACUGCAAAACCAAUGCGACUGAAGACAGCAAAGCAGAAGUGUGUGACUCAGUCGUUGUGGCAGCUGAAGAGAAAGAGGAGAAGGAGGAGAAGGAGGAGGAGGAGGAGGAGGAGGAGAAGAUUGAGGAUGAGGAGAAGAAGCCUUUUGAUAUGGAGUGAUCAAGCAAGUUGACGAUAAAAACAUAUAAUCUAUUAUUCUCUCAGGAUUUACAGUAGAAUGCACCUGCUUUAUAUAAUAUUCAUGUGUGGUACGCAUUUUUAGACUCAUAGAUGCGACUGAAUAUAUCUCAAGUAGCAUGUAUUUAACGUAUAUAUUUUCAUAAUCUGCUGACAUGAAGAAAUUUAAAUAUGUGUUGAAUAAUAUUUUUCUUAAAAUGUGGUAUGUAUAUAUUUUUCUUAAAUAUUUUUGAAAAAUAGGUUUGAGAAAAGGAUCCUAAAUACUCUCACACAGUGGAGCAAUGGAGUUGGAGAUUUUUUCUAACUGAGCAACUUUUGGUUUUAAAUUUCAUAAUAUUACAUUUUGUAAUACUAUGCAUAGGUAAACUUUUGUUUUAUUCAUUUGUACGACACUUUUAAAGUAUCAUAUAUUCACUUUUGUAUCACAGUUACCUGUUUUUUUCAAGGCAAGCUUUCUGAAGGUAGAAUAUAUUAAUGGAUUAUUUUACAAUGUAUUUUAUUAUAUCAAGUUUAAGUAUUAUACCUGCAGUAAAAUGUACUUUACUCAUCAAAUAAAAAAAAACAAUAAAAGCAA